AUGGCGUCGUCGGGUCAGGGAGAACUUAAGAAGAUCAGGAUCACCGUCGUUGCGGCGGACGGCCUGUCGAAGCGGGAUGUGUUCAGGCUGCCAGACCCGUUUGCGGUAAUCACCGUUGACGCCGAGCAGACGAUCACGACGAGCGUCAUCAAGAAGACGUUGAACCCGUACUGGAAUGAAAGCUUCGACAUUAUGGUGAAGGAGUCAUCCGUCAUCGCCGUCCAGAUCUUCGACCAGCGCAAGUUCAAACGCCGGGAUCAAGGCUUCUUGGGUGUCGUCAAUGUUCGCGUCGGGAACGUGCUCGACCUCGAGCUUGGGGGCCACGAGAUGCUCCAGUUGGACUUGAAGAAGUCAAACGACAACCUGGUCGUUCAUGGCAAACUUAUCAUUUACUUGUCGACCAACCUCUCGAGUCCUAUCAACAACGCACGCCCAGCGGCGUCCGGGAGCGGCAGUGUACCAGCCAGUGCUUCUACCCUCUCAGUCAACAACGCCGCUGCGUCAACUACGGAUGGUGGCUCUCUUUCCCGCACUCCCAGCUCUCACGCCAUCGCAGCGGAUGCAGCACCCGCGCCCGCCAUGGCCAUGCCUACACCUAACGUUGCACCGGAGCCUGCACAGCCACCAUCAGGCGCUACCACCGAGGCGGCUCAUCCGCCUACGUCCACUGGCUCUCAGUCAGCAGCGGCUGCACCUGCUGCCUCAGCCGUGCCUGCUACCAAUGCUGCGCGUGCCACACUUGCUGGAACGGUCUCCCCUGGAACACAGACAGUUGCCAAUAAUCAGGCCAACCAUAACUUCAACCCAACUGAAGAUCAGUAUGGUCCCCUACCGGCUGGCUGGGAGCGUCGCAUCGAUCCUCUUGGGCGUACUUAUUACGUGGACCACAACACGCGCUCGACUACGUGGAACAGGCCGUCCAAUAACCAGACGACCAACACGCAAGACCAGGAUACUGCGACGACGGCCGCUCGCGAGCAACAUAGUCGCCGCGCUCUCAUUGACGAUGUUCUCGAAGCUUCGAGUGGUCCCCAGCGUGGGGGCGCUGCACCGCCCAGCCCGGCGACGACAAACACUGCCGCCGCCGCUGUGGCCGCGAGCACGAACGCCACGACUGCUGGAACUGGCAACCUUCCUGCUGGAUGGGAGGAACGCUACACGCCUGAGGGUCGGCCGUAUUACGUCGACCACAACACGCGCACGACGACAUGGGUUGACCCGCGCCGGCAGACCAUCAUCCGCGUAAUGGGCCCGAACGGGCAGAACACGGCGUUACAACCUCAGACCAUCUCACAGCUUGGUCCGUUACCAUCGGGCUGGGAGAUGCGUCUUACUUCGACCGCGCGGGUGUACUUUGUGGAUCAUAAUACGAAGACCACGACAUGGGACGACCCUCGCUUGCCCUCGUCGCUAGACGCGAAUGUGCCCCAGUACAAGCGCGACUUCCGCCGCAAGCUUAUCUAUUUCCGCUCGCAGCCCGCUAUGCGCGCUCAGCCCGGCAACUGCCAGAUCAAAGUUCGGCGCAACCAUAUCUUCGAGGACUCGUACGCAGAGAUCAUGCGCCAGACGCCGAACGAUCUCAAGAAACGUCUGAUGAUCAAGUUUGACGGCGAGGACGGACUCGAUUACGGAGGCCUUUCGCGCGAAUUCUUCUUCCUGCUUUCGCAUGAGAUGUUCAAUCCGUUCUACUGCUUGUUCGAGUACUCUGCGCACGACAACUACACGCUCCAGAUCAAUCCCGCCUCUGGCGUCAACCCCGAGCACUUGAACUACUUCAAGUUCAUUGGCCGCUGCCUCGGUUUGGGCAUUUUCCACCGCCGCUUCCUCGACGCGUACUUCAUCGUCAGCUUCUACAAGAUGAUUCUGAAGAAGAAAGUCACGCUCUCCGACUUGGAGAGUGUCGACGCCGAGUUGCAUCGUGGGUUGACCUGGAUGUUGGAGAACGAUAUCACUGGCGUCAUCGACGAGACGUUCACGACAACUGAGGAGCGCUUCGGCGAACUCGUCACGAUCGAUCUCAAGGAGGGCGGAUCUGAGAUUGAGGUCACCGAGGAUAACAAGAAGGACUACGUGGACUGCGUCGUGGAGUACCGCAUCUCGAAGCGCGUCAAGGAGCAAUUUGACGCGUUCAUGAGCGGCUUCAGCGAGCUGAUUCCUCAGGACCUGAUCAACGUUUUCGAUGAGCGUGAGCUCGAGUUGCUCAUCGGUGGCAUGUCUGAAAUCGACGUUGACGAUUGGACGAAGUUCACGGACUACCGUGGCUAUGAGGUCAACGACGAGGUCAUCCAGUGGUUCUGGAAGUGUGUGCGCUCAUGGCCGCCAGAGCGCAAGUCUCGCCUCUUGCAGUUUGCCACCGGAACAUCGCGUAUUCCCGUCAACGGCUUCAAGGACUUGCAGGGGUCCGACGGUCCGAGGCGCUUCACGAUCGAGAAGGCUGGUGACCCGAACCAGCUGCCCAAGAGUCAUACGUGCUUCAACCGCAUCGAUCUGCCACCGUAUAAGGACUACGCGAGCUUGGAGCACAAGCUGACGUUGGCGGUUGAGGAGACCGUUGGUUUCGGUCAGGAGUAG